GUCUGGUGCCUCCACCUGCCAUACGAAGGCAGGGCUUCAUGGUCACCUGACUGAUAGAGGAACAACAAGGUAAACUCAAGUCCUCUCCGGAGAACUUCAUCGGGUAGGGGCGUGGGAUCUACUCUGUGCAACCUCCGAACAAACGUCGUCAAUUCCGUGAGACGCUCAGGUGGCUUCAGAUAGAACUCUUGGAUUCUUCUCCUUGAGGAUCUUUGCGGACGUGGAUGAAUUCGAAGUCAGUACUUCCGGAAUAGUCAACUCCCAAUGAAAGACGGUGCCCGACAGAAUGACACUUCCGGAAGGAAACACGUCUGCAGCCUCUCCUUUCCCCACCUGGGCUCGCAAUCAAUGUGCUCGCGGAUGCACGAAAUGCCUGAUUGAGAUCUCAACGUCUCCUCAGUGAGGGAACAUCGUGAAAAUUCCAUGUUUUCAGAUGAGGUCGCCGGUCGAGCUCCAGAAAGAGCUGGUUUGCAUCGAUGUCGAGCUAAAAUCCCUGAUACGAGAAAUCCUUUCUUGCGGAGAUCUUGAUGGAGUUUCGAGGAAGAAUCGUGAGGCUUCGGAUGCUAUGCACAAAAUGAAUCGAAUGAUCCGGGAGAUCGGGAACCUCGCGGAAGCGGCUCCGAGAGUCAACCGAGAGGAGAUGAUGAGUCUCGUCGACACGUACCGCAAAGUCCAACUCGACAAUCAGUCAGCUCUUCGGAGGGCCAACGUCACCGCGCAGAAAGCACUGGACAACAAACAGAGAUCUGAGCUGUUUCACACCGACGCGAUUCCCGGCCGAGAGGACGGCAUCAGGAAGCGGGGAAAAAUGGAGAGCGAGGUCCUUGUCCGGAGCUCCGGUAGUGUCAAUGCCAACCUUCUCACGAUAUCUCGCAUCAUGAGCGACCAGGUCCAGUCAUCGAACACAGCCCUGAGUCAGCUCGAGGAGACGUCUUCGAGGAUCGUCGAGAACUGCGAAGAAGCCAAGAGCAUGGGAAAUGUCAUACACCAAUCUUCGAAGUUGCUGACUAAAUACGACCGCAGAGAAACCACGGACAAGAUCUUGAUAUUUUUCAGUUUCUUGUUUUUUUACGCUUGUGUUUUCUAUGUUAUCAAGAAACGAGCGGGUAUCCCUUUCUCGUGGGUUUGGAGUUGGCUCUUCUGAACUGCCAGGCCCCGUUCAUGUGAUCUCUCGCUCAUGUAAAUAAAACUUCUCAGCGUCC